AGAAGAGACUGUCAGCAUCAGUGACACGCAAAUUAGCAAUGCAGAACUGCUGCAGGUAGUAGAAAUCCAUAACCAUGAUCCUUGUGCCCAGUUAUUUAGCUUUUAUGACUACGCAGGUAAAGUCAGUGAAGAAAAUCUCAACAGCAUUCUUAAAGGUAGACGAAAAAAUGUUAUUGGUUGGUACCGCUUCCGCAGGAAUACACAGCAACAGAUGUCUUUCAGGGAGCAGAUUAUCCACAACCAGCUCACACAGCUGCUUGGUGUGCCCGACCUCGUCUUCCUUCUUUUUAGCUUCAUCUCUACUGCCAAUAGCUCUACACAUGCACUGGAGUAUGUGCUCUUCAAACCUAACCACAGUAAGUACAACCAGAGGAUAACCCUCACUAUUCCAAACCUUGGCAACACAAACCAGCAGGAAUACAAAACCUCUUCAGUACCCAACACUUCCCUCAACUACGCAAAGGUCAUCAAAGAGCAUGGGGCUGAAUUCUUUGACAAAGAUGGUGUGAUGAAGGAUAUCCGAACAAUAUUCCAAGUCUACAGUGCACUACAAGAUAAAGUCCAGGCCGUGUGUGGGGAGGUAGAACAAAGUGAACGUAUUAAAGAGAAAAUUCAAGAAGAUGUGAACAAACUCAAACAACAAAUGGCUCUCAGGAAGCGAAUGGCAGCAGAAGAGGAAAGAAGGCGCCAUGAAAACUCUCAAUCCACUCCAGAGGAGAACACAGAGCCUUCCGAGGUCUCCCUUCUUUCCAGGAUAAAUUUUGACGCACCCUCUGCUCCAGAGCGGCCUAGUACCUCACCAAACCCACUGUCUUACACUGACCUCUUAUCCCAAGAUGACAAUCUGCUCUCCUCCUCUUCCCCACCAACCAGUGCUGCUCUGUUGCCGCGACCUCAAGCCGUGGGCUCUCCAGGACACCCUACCCCUGUCCCAGUGGGGACGGACCUGGGUUUAGGCCUCAGGCUGAGUAUAGGCCUCAAUGCCAGUUUGAAUCCCAUUAGCACUCCCAGCUCCCCAUACCUUGGCAACGGCGAUGGAUCAAGCUCUGAUUCAUUAGACAGACAAGCUGCAGGGCAAGAAGAUGAUGAUGAUGAUGAUGAUGAAGGGGAUGACGAAAAUGAUGAUGAGGACAGUAGUGAAUAUGAGAACUUAGUAAGUGAAGGAGCUCAUUUACCUAUUGUCUCAGCUGCCGUUUUUGCUCAAGGUCGGCCUGCUGCCCUCAGUCCUGAUGGGGACGCUCGUGGCUCACAGAUGACAUAGAAACAUGCCACAGGGUGUGAGAAGGACAUGAACAAGUGACACACCUUGAGAGGUGGGCAUCUGAAGCAAUCAAAGAUAAGCAAAUGUAGACAAAAAGUGCCAGUCCCGAAAGUUAAAGGCGUGUGCGAGUGGUGUCCCACUGUGUAAUUCUUGUCUUAGAUCUCCAUUUGAAGGGGAAACCUUACCAGGCUUUGCAGGUUCAUUUCACUGGGCUUAAAAGUUGUCUGUUUUCAUAGUUUCUUGGAAUUUAGGUUGUUCACGGUACGUUAGGUUUGGAUCUAUUUUGUUC